UGUGUGGACUGAACUGAAUCUUGUUUUCUGUAUCAGAAAACCGCUUCUCCACAGAUCAAGCUACCCCGUUUACACCGUAUGUUAAACCGUCAAUUGUCCGUCAUCCCACGGCUCCUGAAGGCACCAUUAGAGCGACUGUUGCUAUGGUAACUGCCGCGGCUGGGCUAAAAGUUUCUUCAGCUAACCUACAAACUUCUUACCAAAGGUUUUUGAAAUGGCAUCGAAAAAUAUGGACCCUUUGUUAGUUGAGGAACCGCCGGGAGGAGGAGGAAAAGAAGAGGCGGAGACAGAGGAAGAGGAGGAGACCCGAGACGGCGGAGAGCGGAGCCGGGGGUCCCAGGUUCCCGUGAAGGUGUUACGAGCUCAUCGCGACGCCGUCACCGCCGCUCGACUCUGCUUCAACGACAGCUGCGUCCUGAGCUGCUCGUCAGACCGCAGCGCCAUCCUCUGGGAUGUGGAGAGCGGCAGACCUCUGAGGGAGUUUGAUGCAGUUCAUAGUAAAACCAUCAGUGAGUGCACUCAGAUCCCAAACAGCAGCAGGAUGGUUACCGUCUCCUGGGAUAAGACGAUGGUGGCAACAGACCUGCAGACGGGACAAACCCUGUGGAGGUGGAGGCAGGCCGGCCUGCUGACCUCCUGCAGCUCCUCGAGUGACGGCCGGCUGCUGGUCUGUGCGGCAGAGCCACAGAACGCCGUUUACAUUGUCGACGCAGCCAGCGGACAGACGCUGCACCACGUCAGCGAUCACCACCGCUCCACCAUCAUGCGGUGCCGGUUUGACCCUCAGAGCCAGCGAGUAGCCACAGUCUCUGCAGACCGCAGCAUCAAACUGUGGGACCUGCUGGCUCAGAGAACCACGGUGUCCAUCGACAGUAACCACAGCAACGUCGUCUCUGACUGCUGCUUCACCAACAACGGGCACUUCCUGUGCACAGCAUCGUGGGAUAAAAGUCUGAAGCUCUGGGACGUGCAGGCGGGAGGGUUUCGAUCUCACGGCGGGACGACGCUGCAGAGAGGCCACGAAGGCAGCGUGAGCUCCUGCAGCUUCUGUGCUGACGCAAACCUGCUGGCGUCUGGCUCCUAUGACAAAACUGUUGCACUCUGGGAUACGUCGUCCUUGUGCCGCACCCUCAUCCUGAAGGGCCACAGUGAUUGGGUGACAGAUGUGUCCGUCAGUGCUGGCAGGAAGUUAGCUGCCUCUGCCUCCAAGGACAGCACCGUCAGGCUGUGGAACAUAGAGAACGUGGAGAAAAUCCCAGAAGUGAUGGAGAAGCGGACUGAAGGAGCAGGGAUCCACAUCCCUCAGUGUGAGGAGUGUGGGAAGCCGUUUCCUGUGCCAGGACUGCAGACUUCAGACCUGCUGACGCAGUGCGUUUCCUGUCAACUCGGAUCCCCCUUCACAUACUGACCCCAGCCUCUGCCUCUCAUAUAACUUCCUGUCCAGGAGGAGAGAGGUCAGCUGGUUGGGACUCGUCGUCGCGCUCGUGGACACUCCGAGGGUGUAGGACGAUGAUGUUAAAUAACAACAGACUCCUUCACAGCCACAACAGCUGUAUACUUCAUUCAGCUCCGUGUGUAUGCUGUAGGAUUCCUGUCGGAGGUUCGUCCCAGGUGAAGUGAGGUCAGCAGCAGACUAUGAUAAAAAUGUCCUGAAGGUGGCGCUCAAGACAAGGAAAAGGUAUCCUUAAAUCUUGCCAGUCCCACAGAGUUUCUGCAUAAAUGACAUUUGGAAUUCACACAUACCUUUAUUAUUUUACAUCUGUAAUCUACUGAGACAUUCUUUAUGUUCCUCACAGAGAAUAUGCUGAAGUUUGCUUUAAAACAGUCAUG